AGUAAAUGUAAAUGCAAACGAUAGUACUUUCACUGUAUGAAAAGAAGAUCAGUGUUAAUCCUUUUUAAUUUUGAAGGGUUGUAGGUUGUAGUUCGCUAAUUGCGCCUGUCGCUCGUUUCAUCUGUACUGCAAAGCGCAGCUGGCCUUGGAUUUCUGAGCAAAUAAUCGUUCGAGCUGGGUUACGUUAGAUGUAACCAAAAAUGAAAGCAAAAAUGAUUGCUAGAAAAAUGUAAAAAUCAUAUACAUAUUAUGUGUUUUUUCGUUAAAAUGUUCUCUCGAAUAUCUGUAAUGUUACUAAUGUCUAUUAAAAAUUGCAUUUUAAAAAUUUUAAACGCGGUUGAACGAGAUCCAUAAUUAAAAAUUGUUUGCAAAGGAAUGGCAAUGGCAAGUGGUACUGAAGGUAGCAGAUUGAGUACCAACGCAAAUUCUGCAAUAGCAACGUUUGCAAGUGCUGUUUCUCUUAAAUCCAUAGAAGUUCCGCAAUUCCUUCAGAAUGGUGAAAAAUUUAUUAAAUGGGAGGAGGAUUCUGGAAUUGGUACGCCGGUUACAUUGCGAGUUGAUAAAUACGGUUUUUAUCUUCAUUGGAUUGAUCAAAAUAACGAAAUGAACUUGUUGGAUAUUGCUACAAUUAAAGAUACACGGACGGGCAGAAAUGCUAAGAUUCCUAAGGAUCCUAAGUUAAGACAAAUAGUUACUAUGGGUUCCCAAGAUACUUUAGAAGAAAAAACAGUAUCGGUGUGUUGGGCAAGCGAUUUUGUUAAUAUUACGUUUAUUAAUUUUUGUUGUACUAAAAUGGAUAUCGCCAAACAGUGGUGCGACGCUCUCAUGAGUUUGGCAUAUAAUUUAACACAAUUUAUUUCAAACGCCGAUGUGUAUUUGCUUAAAGCUUACACGAAAUUGAUUCUUUUAGUAGACAAGUCCGGGAAAAUACCAAUAAAGAAUAUCAUCAAAAUUUUUGCUUCGAACAAGGAGGAUAAAAAGCGGGUCGAGAAAGCCUUGGAUAUUUCGGGAUUACCAUCUGGAAAAAACGAUGGUAUUAGUUCAGAAAAAUUUCAGUUCGAGGAUUUUUUUAAUUUAUACAAAAAUCUAACCCAAAGAACAGAAGUCGAACGAAUAUUUAACGAAUUGAUUGGAACUCCGAAAAAGCACAAUAUGUCUGCUACACAACUUGUAGAAUUUUUAAACAAAACUCAGCGAGAUCCCCGUCUAAACGAAAUACUGUACCCGUAUGUUAACGUAAUCCACGCUAAGGAUAUUAUCGCACAAUAUGAACCCAAUAAAUACAACGUACAAAAAGGCCAGUUAUCUUUUGAUGGUUUCCUGAGGUACCUUAUAUCUACAGACAACAAUAUUAUUGCACAAAGCUGCUUCGAUCUGACCAAUGAAAUGGAUCAUCCUUUACCACACUAUUUCAUAAAUUCCUCCCAUAAUACUUAUCUUACUGGUCACCAGCUUACCGGAAAAUCUAGCGUGGAAAUUUAUAGACAGUGUUUACUGGCUGGAUGUAGAUGCGUCGAGCUGGAUUUUUGGAACGGCCGAACCGAUGAGCCUGUCAUCGUUCAUGGUUAUACUUUUGUUCCUGAAAUUUCGGCGAAAGAUGUUCUAGAAGCAAUAGCAGAAAGUGCUUUUAAAACAUCCGAUUAUCCAGUAAUUCUUUCCUUCGAAAACCACUGCAAUCCACGACAACAAGCCAAAAUUGCUAACUACUGCCGCGAUAUUUUUGGAGAUAUGUUACUUGACCAACCGUUAGAGACUCAUAAAUUAGAACCAGGUGUUCCACUUCCAUCACCUACAGUUUUAAAACGAAAAAUUAUAAUUAAGAACAAGAAGAAACACCACCACCAUAAAAAAGUACAGUCACUGAGUAUUGAUGUAAUGACGGGAAAUGGGGGGGAUACAAUUUCCUCUAUGCAUGCACCUUUGUUACAACUACAAGCAAGACAGGAAUCUAAGGACUCGACGGGAACCGAAGAUGAAAAUUCUUCUUCAGACGAAGAACCUUUAAACAUCGAAAUUCCGUCGAAUCAACCAGGUUCAACAGCCGAAGCUUCUUUAGAAGUAAAAUCCGCUCCAACUAAAGAAACAGAAGCUGGAGCCGAAAUUUCAGCUCUUGUAAAUUAUAUACAACCUGUCCACUUUUCUAGCUUUGAAAACGCAGAAAAAAAAAAGCGUAGUUAUGAAAUGUCAUCGUUUGAUGAAAAGCAAGCAAUGACUUUAUUAAAAGAACAUCCUGUAGAAUUUGUCAACUACAACAAGAAUCAAUUGAGUAGAGUUUAUCCGGCAGGAACGAGGUUUGAUUCGUCUAAUUUUAUUCCUCAAGUGUUUUGGAAUGCAGGAUGUCAACUUGUGGCUCUCAAUUUUCAAACACUAGAUCUAGGGAUGCAGUUGAAUUUGGGGUUUUUCGAAUACAAUUUCAGAACUGGUUACAUUUUAAAACCGGAAUUCAUGAGGAGACAAGACAGGCGCUUAGACUUAUUCGCAGAAUCCACCAUCGACGGCGUUAUUGCCGGAACCGUAGAAAUUACUGUGAUUUCAGGACAAUUUUUGACUGACAAAAGGGUCGGAACUUAUGUUGAGGUAGAAAUGUAUGGCCUACCAGCAGAUACUGUGCGUAAAAAAGUACGCACCAAGACAAUUGCUAACAACGGAAUAAACCCUAUUUAUGAUGAAGAUCCCUUUGUUUUUAAAAAAAUUGUUUUACCCGAACUCGCCUCUUUGCGAAUAGCAGCCUAUGAAGAAUCUGGUAGACUAAUUGGUCACAGAAUUUUACCAGUCGUGGGACUUUGUCCCGGUUAUAGACACGUUAGCCUAAGAACAGAGUUCGGUCAACCAUUACCGUUGGCAACUCUAUUUUUUUAUAUUGUUGUAAAAGAUUAUGUACCUGACGGCCUGACCGAUUUAGCCGAAGCGCUGGCAAAUCCUAUCAAAUAUCAAAGCGAUUUAGAAAAAAGGUCCAGACAGUUAGCAGUUCUUACAGAUGAGAUGGACGCUGCACAAACGGGAAUAUCAGCAGUUAAUAAAGAGGAAAACAAAAACAAAGACAUUUUAAAUAAAUCUAAUCAAGAAAAUAUUCCUACCAGUAAUUCCACAACUCAACAAGCAAAUAACCGAAAUGCAAUAGAAAUACCUCUUGAAACUUCUCAGUCAAUCACAGAACAAAGUACAGCUGCGUCAAAAUCACCCGAUGUUAUUGUAAACGAAGAGGUUUCAGCGGAGACCCUAGAAAAAAUUUUGGAAAAUAAAUACGUGAAAGAAAAGAAAGUCGAGUUAGAUAGAAAAAUAGAAAACUUGCGAAAAAAGUACGAAAAACGAAAAUUUUCCGUACAAGCUUUCAAGUCUAACGAAAGUUGUGAAAAAAGGAGUAAAAUUAUGAACAUAAAACUUGUGAAACGUUUAUCAAAUAAAAAUAUAGUGAGUAGUGGAUUAUUUACAAUGGAUUCUUCAAAUGUAGAAUCCGCAGCAAGCGCAGAAGAAGUGACAGAAUCGAGUACUAGCGAAUCUAUCAAGCCGCCCCCCUAUCUGUUACGCAGUAAACCAGAAAAGUUACUCGAAAUCACUAAAGAAUAUGUAUUACAAGAAAAAGAACUAAGAGAAAAAUACCACGAAAUUAUUUUCAAUACUGCAGAGAGAAUUAUGAAAACUUCACAGUCUGAGCAGCUAAAAGCACUAAAGAAUCAAAUGGAAAGAGAAACGUCUGAACUAAUGAAAAAACUCCAAGCCGAUCGUAGGGAAGAAGUCAAGUCGUUGGCAAAAAAACAUCGCGAUAGAGACGAAUUUAUAAGGAUGAAACGAGAAGUUGCCAUUGCCGUUGUAGAUCGAGGUGUUAUUGAAAGAGAGAGGCUCGAACAAACCUACGACCAACGUAAAAACGAGCUCGAUAAGCAACACGAAACAGUAAGACAAGCCUUAAUAGAGUACAAAGUAAAAGUAAGUUUACUGCUGUACAUAUAAUAAAAAAAGGAUUAUUAAUGUAUCUG